CUGACGUGGUUCUUAUUUUCCCAGAUCUUUUUCCUUGUCUUUAAACCGGCUGUGAGGCGAUCCUUGGAAGCACUGCAAAGAUGCCCAGGGAAGACAGGGCCACGUGGAAGUCCAACUACUUCAUGAAAAUCAUCCAACUGCUGGAUGACUACCCUCGCUGCUUCAUCGUGGGCGCAGACAACGUGGGGUCCAAGCAGAUGCAGACAAUCCGCAUGUCUCUGCGUGGGAAGGCUGUAGUUCUGAUGGGGAAAAACACCAUGAUGAGGAAGGCCAUCCGUGGACACUUGGAGAACAACCCGGCGCUGGAAAAGCUCCUCCCUCACAUCAGGGGAAACGUGGGCUUUGUCUUCACUAAAGAGGAUCUGGCUGAGGUGCGAGACAUGCUGCUGGCCAACAAGGUUCCAGCGGCCGCUCGUGCUGGAGGUAUUGCUCCCUGUGAUGUGACUGUCCCUGCUCAGAACACUGGACUGGGUCCUGAGAAGACCUCCUUCUUCCAGGCUCUGGGCAUCACCACUAAGAUCUCCAGAGGAACUAUUGAGAUCCUGAGUGACGUUAGCCUGAUUAAGACCGGGGAUAAAGUUGGAGCCAGCGAGGCCACUCUGCUGAACAUGCUGAACAUCUCUCCCUUCUCCUUUGGUUUGAUCAUCCAACAAGUUUACGACAACGGCAGCGUGUACAGCCCCGAGGUGCUGGACAUCACUGAGGCCUCUCUGCACACAAAGUUCCUCGAGGGCGUGAGGAACGUAGCCAGCGUGUGCCUGGAGAUCGGGUACCCCACUCUGGCCUCUAUCCCUCACUCAAUCAUCAAUGGGUACAAGCGGGUACUCGCUGUCGCCGUAGAGACAGAGUACUCCUUCCCUCUCGCUGAUAAGGUGAAGGCGUUCCUCGCCGACCCAUCAGCCUUUGCGGCUGCAGCUCCAGUGGCUGCAGCAGAGACUGCUGCUGCUGCUCCAGCGGCUGCGGCUAAAGAGGAAGUGAAGGAGGAGAGCGAGGAGUCUGAUGACGACAUGGGCUUUGGCCUCUUCGACUAAAACUCAACCAGAGAAUAAAGUUACUCAAGUGAA